AAAGGUCUUUUAUUUCAGGGACUAUUCAUCUUAUCUUUUAUAAAGGAGCUGAGGACGAGUGGAAGGGAUAAGAGUAAAGAAAAUUACUCCCAGCUGAAAGGAAAUGGAUCAGAAUCAGAGUGAUCGAGUGGAUUAUUACUCCCAGCUAAUAAAAGCUGCUGAGAAAGGAGACAUAGAGCUCUUGUAUAAACUGCUCGAGAAAGACUCAUCUAUUCUUGACAAAGCAGAUCGGCAGUUCACAGACAAUCCACUACAUGUUGCUGUAUCAAAUAACCAUUUAUUCUUCGCAGCUGAAAUAGCAAAUCUGAAGCCUUCAUUAGCUAAAAGGAGAAAUCAUCAUGGAUGGAGUCCUCUACAUAUAGCUGCUGAAAAUGGUCAGGUAGAGGUCGUGAAGAAGCUCUUGAAAGUGGUAGAUAAGGAACUAUGUUUCAUCAAAGGUAGAGAGAUGAUGACUCCUCUUCACUGCGCCGCGAAAUCUGCUGUACCUGGAAGUGAAAUUGUUAUUAAGGAGUUGCUUUCUGCUUCCUCAAAGUGUAUCACCAUGUUAACUACUAAAUGUGAGACAGCUCUCCACACUGCUGUAAGGAAUGGUAGGUAUGAAAACUUCAAAGUACUGGUGGAAUGGAUCAAGAAAGAAAGGGUUUACAACAAUCUAAGCUGGAAGGACCAAGAAGGUAACACCAUAUUGCACAUUGCAUCUUCAAGAAGGCAACUUGAGAAUUUGAAGAUGAUAGAGCUGCUGCUUUCCAAUUCUAGCUAUUUUGUUAGAAAGGCUCUGAAAAUAAACGAGAAGAACACAACGGGAUUCACAGCCUUGGAUGUCUUAAUGGAAACAAAGAUUGAAACACUGUGUAAUGGAACCAGGGCUGAUGAAUCUCCAACAGAACCCAGCCGGGAGGAGAUAAUAGUUUUCACUGAUAACGCCCAAGGAGAUCAAAAUCAAACAGAUGUAUACAAAAUGGAAAAGAUCCUUAAACAUGCAGGUGCUAAGAGGAGUCAAAUAACUUGUUGUAUACCACCACACAGUGAAGCUUCUAAAACAAAAAUGGUGUUAAGUUGUGGAGUUAAAUGGUUACUUAAGGUUCCCAAUUUCCUAAGUUUCAAGGUUGAUAAAGACACUUCAAGCGACGUUCGCAAUGCUUUGUUAGUGAUUUUUGUUCUCAUCGUCGCGGUGACAUACCAAACUGGAGUUAACCCUCCAGGAGGUCUUUGGCAAGAUAAUGAAUCCAUCACCAGCAACGACAGCAACGACAGCACCAACAGCACCAAAUUAAAGGAUAAGACUGCAGGAACACCAGUUUGGUUUGAUCAGAACCCAAACUCUUUCCAAGUUCUAAUGCUCUGUAACUAUGCAGGGUUUCUUGUAUCUCUUGUCAUGGUUUUCAAUCUUACAGAAGGAUACCCUUUACGCGGUCCAAUUCUGCUAGCCUUACUCUUUAUGUUGCUUACUUAUGGAUUAUCGAUUCGUCUACUGUUCCUGGGUUCAGGUACUCUUGCUCUGUUGUUCCAUGGCAUGAUAUUGACUGUUCCAUUGCCUGUUGCAUUAGUCCUUUUGGUUGCUACAGCAAAUUGGAUAUGGGAGAUUAAGUAGUUUAACUCCUUGCCUUUGUAUAAGAGUUUGGUUGAGAAUUUGGUAUGCCUAUUCAUUAUGUUUGCUUUCUCUGUAAGAUUUUAGUGAAAUUGCAAGGGAA